GGUCACCCGUGAGAGAAAAUUCAUAGACCACAGUGGCUCACUAGGCUGGGUCUAGUCUGAAUAAAAAUUUCUUAUAUCUGAAGAAAUCCUGAAAAGUCCUCCAUACUAUCAUGGCUAGCGCCCGGUCGGCAAAAGAAGAAAGAAUCAGGUACAUACAGGGAGACCUUUUUACAUAUCCUGGAACAGACUCCUUGGCUCACUGUAUCAGUGAGGAUUGUCAUAUGAGUGCUGGCAUAGCUGCCAUCUUUAAGAAGAAGUUUGGUGGUGUUCAGGAGCUCUUGAACCAGAAAAAGGAGACUGGGGAUGUGGCUGUUCUGAAGAGAGAGAAUCGAUAUGUGUACUAUCUGAUUACAAAGAACAAAUACUUUCAUAAGCCUACCUAUGACAAUCUACGGAAGAGCUUGGAAACGAUGAAAAUCCAUUGCCUUAAUAAUGCUGUAACUUGUAUUUCUAUGCCGAAGAUUGGGUGUGGACUUGACCGCCUGAAUUGGAGUAAAGUUUCAACAAUGCUUGAUGAAGUAUUUGAGGAUACAGAUGUUAGCAUUACAGUUUAUACCCUUUAAUUUAUUAUCCUUUUGUAUUCUGUGUUUGUAACUGAUUUGUGAAAAGAUGGUGAUGUGAUUUUGUUCUAUUUCCCUUUCUCUUUCAGACAU